AGCUGUAUCUUUAAUGUGCAAAAUGCCCUUCGUUAACUCAAACUUCAGUAACCUGAGCCUGGCGAAGCGAGAAGCCGCGGACGAUCCGCCGCGAAAUGAGAGAUUAGCCCUGAUCGAGAUCUCACUGCUCAGCGUUAUCUUCCUGAGCGCCACGGCUCUGAACCUCGGUCUCUUGCUCGUGCUGUUGAGGAGACGCGGGUCCAUGUCCCGCAUGCGCGUCUUCGUUUUGCACCUGUGCCUGGCGGAUCUGACCGUGGCCUUCUUCCAGGUGUGUCCGCAGCUGCUGUGGGACAUCACGGACCGCUUCGUGGGCCCGGACAUGGUGUGCCGCUUGGUCAAGUACCUCCAAGUGGUCGGCAUGUUCGCUUCUACUUACAUGAUCGUUGUGAUGACGGUGGAUCGCUAUCAAGCCGUGUGUAAGCCCAUGGGCACGCUGCAGAGGAGGAGCGCGCGCUGGAACAUGCCGGUGUGUGGCGCGUGGGCAGUGGCGCUCGUGGGCGCGCUGCCGCAGGUUUUCAUUUUCUCCCGUGUCCAGGUGGCUCCCGGGGUCUUUGACUGCUGGGCGCAGUUCGCGCAGCCGUGGGGACUUCGAGCCUACGUGACCUGGACGACGCUGGUCAUAUUCGCGCUGCCGCUCUUGACGGUGGUCGCGUGCCAGGUGCGCAUUUGCCGCGCCGUGCAGAUCAGCCUGAGCAUGAAGACGCACCGCGGGACCUGCACCAGUGCCAGCAGUGUGGCCGGCCUCUCCAAGGCUCGCGUGAAGACCGUCAAGAUGACCGUAGUCAUCGUCCUCGUGUACGUGCUGUGCUGGGCGCCUUUCUUCACCGUGCAGCUGUGGUCAGUGUGGGACCAAGGCGCUCCCACGGAAUCUGCAACUUUCUCCAUCCUGAUGCUCCUUGCAAGUUUGAACAGCUGUGCCAACCCCUGCAUUUACCUUGUCUUCAGCAGCCCAGUGCCCAAGCAACCGUUAGCCAUAAUGUGUACAAGUCACAGUGAAAGUAAGGGGUCUAUGCCCGGGGAUGCCAUGGUGGUCAGUUCUGUCUACCUGAGUUUAAAGAAUCUCUCAUGA